AUAGCUAAGGGUGAUCAAAUUGUACAAGGCAAUGUUUCUUACUGAUGACUAUGGAAAGAUGAAUAUGGCGUCUAAUGGAGGUGGUGAAAGUUGGAGUAUUUGCUGAUACCCUGUGCCGAAAUGGAUCAGGCGGCAUGUCUAAAAAACACUGACCAAAAACAACAUAAAGAUAAUACUCCAAAAUUAACCACAGUUAUUGAAAACCCCAUGUACGUUGGAGACAGACAGGGGAUUGUGCCACCUAGGCCACCCAUGAGGUAUCAUUCUGAAGAGCAGAGGCCAGUCUCCAGGCAACAGUCCAUGAAACAAAAAGCUUUAGCACGUUCAAAAUCUGUGAAAGAAUAUGUAAAGAAGGAAACGGUAUCUUUCUUCGGAUUAAAUGACCAUGACCAAACUGAGAGAGAGAGAUGGGCUGAGAGACGCAAUAGGCUACUUAGCCGGAGAUGUGGAGGUCUCAAGCAUUGCAGUGAAGAUAGAGGAGAGCAGCCAGUACCCCAUUCCGUCCCUGCAUCCUUUAAUUGGGGUCUUCAACAUGGUACUGAAAUACCUGAUCGUGUGGGAAGAGGGAUUACUCGUCAGUCUGAACUGGAAGGGAAAGAUGGAGUCCAUAAGAACUCAGUAUGUAAGAUGACUUGGGAUGGCUUAAUCUUUCUGGCCGAGAAUAUGAAAAAAAAAUUUUCAAGUUCUCGCUCCCAGAAUGGUAGACCACCUCAAAGAAAAGUGUCUCAUUUGAGAUCAGUAUUUGUCGAAGAUGAUCAAGAAACUUCUAAGCCAAAGCCUGUUUAUCAAAGUGCAGAACUAGCUGAAGAGGUCUUUUUUGAGAGACCACCACCAUCUCCUGAGGUAAUAACAGAUCUAGAACCAGUGUCUUUGAGAAGAGCUGAGAAACCUGUGGAAACAGGAGAGGACCAAGUUGAAAAACCAAGUGACGAAGUCCGAGUGUGGUACAGACCGUCAGUAGCAGCUGAACCUUCUCCUUCAGAGCCUAGGCAGCAAAUUUGGGAGAGGGUGCUAAGUAAAGCAUCUGAUAACUCGAACAGAAGAGAGUAUGGAAUGGGAGUAGUAGGAAACCUUUUAAAAAGAAGUUUUCGAAAAGACCGCAUUACUUCAGAGGUCAAAGAACAACUUGAUGAUAUAGAAGAUAGUAG